GAGGUGAAAAACGAGAGGAGAUUUUCUUUCGAGACGUGCACGACGCUGCGUUUGGUUGCAUCAGAAGAAAGGAGUGUGCGAGUGCAUUUUCAGCCAUUCAUUAGAAAGACGUUUUUAUCACCAAUAAUUGAGUCACUUUCUUGACUGGUGCCACUGAUGGUAUGUUGGAAAACUCACCCAGCAACACCACACUUUUCUUCUUGAAAAUCAAAUUAUGUAAAUAUUUAAUCCUUACCAAUUGCAUUUUUAAUGUCAAGGUUGUUUCGUGAGAUAUUUUUAACGGAGAUCAUCGAAUAAUGCUUUCGAAUUAAGCGUGACCCAACCUUCAUCAAAAUCUAGUUUAAACAACUUGCAUUCUGGAUCGAUGAAAGAGUUGUAAAUGCAUUAUGAGCUUUGCUUGCACCGACAUUAGUUUUAUAGAUUUCCAUGCAGCAUAUAACAAAAGCUUAUCUUGAAAUGAUUGCAUUUAUAUACAGAUCAAUACAGAUCAACGCUAAUUAUAUUAAUUUUUUAUAAAUUAUUCAACAGAAAUCCAUAAUUUAAAAUUUGACUAGCAAAAAAAAAUAAAUAAAUAAAUAGAAACUGUUUUUAUUUUGCAGCUAACAACGUUUUGGGAAAUUUGCUCAUUGAGGCUGCACUUGACCUUGCAAUUAGGUUAAUAGUCAUGAUAUAAACCCAAAAUUGUUCGUUGGACUUGCACAUACUCCACGUCUUUUCUGUUCUGAUAGAGCAAAACUGUCUUAACUGUCGCGACAAUCUGGCAAUUUGCAAAUUUGCCGUCGACGGGGAAAAAACAAGUCGUGUCGCAUAAGAGCUGUAAACAAAUAAACUAAUAAAUUCCACCCCUAGCUUGUAGCUCGGCGCGUCCUUGGCCUCGGUGGUCAGCGGAUUGUUCAUUUUUUCCGGUUCGCGUAACGCACGGCUUUGUUGGAUAUUAUAUGUUUAUCAAAAGAAAAAAAUAACACACGCGCUGAAACCGAACGCGAAAUAAGAGAAGAAGGAAAGAAAGGGCGCGAUAAUGAUUAUAGCUGUUUACCACACAAACACGCAUGGAACCCUUGCAUUUCGCCAAGGACACGCGAGCCGAGCGCCGACUCAUGCGUGGUGCUCGCGUGACAAGGGGUGGCUGGUACGAACCCUCGGGGGAGGUUUCCCCGCCUCGACGCGGUCAUUGAGCACGGCGGUCUUGAUGCCUGCACACCGGGACAGGGUGGCUAGGGACGCGAGGCCCUCAACUUGUCGCAGCCUGCCCAGCGCCGCGGAGGCCAAGAAGAGGAACCAGAAGUUGCUUGUGGAAUUGGAGCAGAAGCAAGCGAUCUUGCACUCGUUGAAAUCCUACUUCCCCGCGCACGAGGUGCUCAAGCGCCUUCUGGCAGACCUAUGAUGUCCUACGGUCCCCCCGUCGACCUUUCCUUCCACCACUGCACCUUGGACAAGAUCCUGAGCAAGGAGCCGCGCCAGGGUGCCCUGCCAGUGAUCAAAUCCGAGUUCGGGGGCCUCAUGAGCGCCUCCCUGCGUCUCAGCAACAACCGCAUCCAGAACCUGAACCUGCUGCCAGCAGUGGCCUGCAGGUUCCUGGAGUACCCUGAGGCGUUGGCCUGGCUCGACCUCAGCUGCAACCAGCUUUCCGACAACCCAGUUGAGCUCAGGUUUUUUCCAGGGUUGCGUCUUUUGUACCUGCAUGGCAAUCGUCUGACCGACCUGCAUGGCUUAUUGGCAGUGUUGCGCGAUUUGCCUCACCUCUACGGCCUCACCCUCUUUGGCAACCGUCUGCCUGAGAAGUACAGAGCGGCCGUCUUGCGAGCCUUGCCGCAUCUCAAAUCCCUCGACUUUUGCAAUGUGAGUCUUGCAGACAGACAAAGAGCAUUUCACGAAGAGUGGCAUUGAACUGCCAGUUUAUUUAAAUAAAUCUUGGUCACAACUAUAUUUGAUCCGCUUGCGGGGCAAGUGGAAAAUAAAUACAUUGGUUGGAUGGAAGUCUCUUGAGAGCUGCUCUGAGAUUUUGAGCUUCAAUUGUGAGAGGAAAUGUCCGCCUGAAUUUUUAAUCACAUUUUCCAGAAAAAUGUCAUGGUUACGGAAACUUUUACAGACUUCAAUUUCACUGCAUUUAAGCUCUAUGGCAAUGUUAAGGUAUUUUUAUGUUGCAUUCAGUUGCUUCGGAAGAAUAAUAAUUUAGGAGUAAUAAUGUUUACCACUAAAAUUAGCUUCAACAAUUGGAAUUGAAACUCUUAUAUAAAUAUUUGGCAGACGCAAAUAAUAAAUACUUAAG